AUGGCGAUCAAGUGGAACCUACCGGACCGACCAUGGAUCAAAGUUAACACGGAUGGGGCUUUUAAUGCGGAAACAGGUAAGGCCGGGGGGGUGGUAUGGGAUGCCGAGGGCAAGCUGCUUGUGGCCUUUGCAACACCCCUCAAAGCUCACUCGGCCCUCGAGGCUGAACUCAUGGCCCUACAACUUGGAUUGGAACUCGCUAAGGAGUUUGAGCGACCUAUCUGGAUUGAAUCGGAUGCGGAACAGGCAAUCAAUCUUCUGAAAGGCUCGAAAUGGGGCCCGACUCACUCUUGCCGAGCCAUGGCGCGCCUUACGAUCACCAAGAGACAAAUCACUUUCCGGGCCACUUUCAUCCACCGAGAGGGUAAUAAGCCGGCGGAUCUCCUAGCCAAAAUGGGGUUGUCGUUGGAGAACUUUAGCCGCUUGACAAGACACACAGCCCCAAGAUUACUUACUGCCAUGAUCAGAAUGGACGAGAUGGGAAUCCCUAAUGUUCGGAUUCGAGAGGAAGAAUAG